CAAGCUUCGCGCGAGUGGCGCCUCAAAUACAUAGGGAGGUGUGCAGUGCAGCUGCUAAAGAGGAUGAGCGCGAGGUUGCGCAAACAGCACCUUUUCUUGCACUCCUUUCCACCGACAAUUUAAUUUGUUUAUUUUCUAAUUGACAUUUGGAUGUAACGCUGUGCUCGCCCGAGCGCCGACUGAGCUCCGAACACCGGCUCAAGUGAACAAAUGAAUCAUUUUGAGCGCACGUGAGCCCCUACUUAAAUGAGUCUAGAAAACGAGAAACAAGAUGAGGUAUCAAGGAAGACAAACAAGGAGAGCCAAGGAAUCUUUUUUACAGGAUGUACAAAUUUCAUUGAAAUCGUAAACCUAAAUCUCACGGCUAUGGACCAGAUGUGCUGCAGCGGCUUAUUGUAUAGUAGUUACGUCUUCUGCAGAGGCAUACUCAAGCUGAUAUGGGUGCUAGCCAACAACCUCUACUGUUUUCCAACCCACACCCUAUGGAUGCUCACACUGUUCCCGCUGAAGAAAUGCAAACCGAACGUCUACUGGAAAAUCGAAGGUCUCCUCUAUCACUGGAUGAUCUCAAUGGUGGGCUGCUGGAGCUGGGUGUCUGGCUACAACGUUGUCGAAGUUGGUGACGACGUGAGUCGGGUAAUGGACCAAACGGUUUUGGUGAUAGCAAACCACCAGUCAACGGCUGACGUACCUCUGAUGAUGGGGUGCUUUAAUGCUAAGGAGGGCGUGCUGUCCAACUUGAUGUGGAUCAUGGACAGCGUUUUUAAGUACACCAACUUUGGAAUUGUGUCUUACUUCCAUGAUGACUUCUUCAUUCUCUCUGGUCCUGAAAACAGGGAAAGAGGCGUCCAGCUGCUGAAGAGGCAUUUAGAAAAGGUCUACAAGACACUAAACAGGAAAUGGCUCAUCUUGUUUCCUGAGGGAGGGUUCUUGCACAAGAGACGAGAAGCCAGCAACAGAUAUCUUCAAAAGAACGCUGCGCAGAUUGGCUUCUCUGAACUGAAGAACGUCACGCUGCCCCGCGUCGGCGCCAUGGAGGCAAUCAUCGAGUCCCUUGCGCCACCCUCCAUCCACUUAAACCAGACCUUCAACUCUGAUGUAGAAGAAGCCCUGGACGAUCUGCCCAACCGGUCCAACCACGUAAUAAUUCCCCCUGAUGAGCCUUGCCUCAAGUAUAUCCUAGACAUCACAAUCGCCUACCCAAGCGGCAAACCCCUCAGCUUAUUUGACAUAGUUACUGGAUGCAAGGAGCCGAGAGACACCUACUUCUUGUACAAGAUCUACGAAAUUAAAAUGAUUCCUUCAGAUCCAGAGGGAAUGAAACAGUGGUUGUACGAUUUAUUCAAGCAAAAAGAUGACAUUUUGCAACAUUUCUACACGACCGGCAAAUUCCCAAUUGAAGUGGGCGACGGUACGUUGUUGAGAAGGCCAGUGCAGCAAGAUAACUUGAAGUUUGUCAUCCUGCAUUGCACGUUCAUUGUGUCCACCUACAUGCACUACUGCAUUUUUUCAUAUUUGUAUUCGCUGCUCUGGUAUUAACCAAUCCAACCGAAUCCUUGCCUCGAUGAAGAUUCAGCUUUAAUAACCGAGAGAUUUACUUCGUUCUUAAUCAUUGUUCCCGUGCAAUCCGCGACCUGCCGCGGCGAAAAACGCAUGUUAACCGUUCAUUGCCACAAAUCAAACGUGGCUCACCCAAAACUCUGCUUUCGUUAUUAAGUAUUCUGCAAAUCUUAUUGCCAAAGCUUCUGUGACAUGUGCAAUUUUUCCUGAACGCUGGCAUUUUAAGCCGAACACGCCAUUUUGUAAAGUACAUCAGUUGAUAUCAUACUACUUGUUUCAAAUUUUGUCGAGGUUCACACUGAAAUAGCAACUAAAGCGCUUUUUAGACACUGGACUGAAUUUACUUAACAUGGGGAGGAGGCAGUUAGUAAAUCGAUAAUGGCUAAACGGAAGUGCUGACAUGUAAAUACGAGAAAAAAGCAAAACAAAUUCACAACCUGGUCACUAUCCGAAAUUAGAAACAGCAGGCUGUUGUACAUUGUACAUAUUGUACAAAAAUUCUAAUUUAUUUUUCUUUUAUACCUCUCAAUCAUUCCAUGUCCAUGGUAUUCAACUAAAGAAUAAGAUCUUUCCUUUGACAAGAGUGCGAGUGGUGUGUGUCUUCGAACAUGGACUUUGCGUCGUAGCAUUUAACUAGUGUAUGUACAUUUGAAAACGGAACAGCCGAAACUGUGUAAACCAUCUCCCCCCGACAUUGAAUAGCGGUUGUGCAAAGUUUGGCAGAGAGCAACUUCAUUUCAAACCUGGCGUUGAUAUGUGACGAUAUGAAACAAGUUGAACACACUCCUCUCAUCAGGGGCAAGAAACUAAUUGUUAUGUACUGUAGGGAACCAAAUGGCAGGCCCCCAUCAAGAGGCACUGCGAAUGUUAAAUAUUAAAAUAGUGAUCCAUUAUCUUCUUGAGAUGAAAUUAACGUUGUCCCGAAUUCAGCUAAAUUGAAAGGUUGCCUUACGAAUUAUUGAGUUUUUCGAGCCAAAAAUUUUAACGCUCUGGGCAUAUCGAUGAAUUUUAAACAAACCUAAUUUCUUGUUUUUGGUAACCUAGCGUGUCGUCUUUUGAUUUCAUAAUUAUUUAUUGCGGCAUAAUUUUCAGUCAACAGUCAUGACACUAUUAGCUCUUUAUGCGGCCUCUUAUCAUUUCAAUUUUCAAUUGGUUGGUUGUUUUAGUCCGAUUGAAAAUACAAAUCAUUUUGUCUAGUCUUCUUUGCCUUUUCUCCCCUAGUGAGCCAUUUUUUCAUUUUAAAUACUUAUUAAGGUAAAAAGACUAUGAUUUUCAUAGAUGAUUAAUUCCCAUGCUUUAUCGUUUUCUAAUUAAGCAUUAUUUACUCCACAACUCACUCAGCGCUGCUUGUAACAAACGAUAAAAUGUAUCUCUUAAUUUACAAUCAAAAAACUGUGCACAAAUGGUAGUUUGGUGAAUGCGGAAAUAAAAUUGCAGUAAAAAUAUACGCUCAAUGAGAUUUCAA